GGGUUUUGAUUUUCUUGGUUUUUUCUGCUCACUGUGUUUUGGUUCCUUUUGCUUUCACUUGUGGCAAAAAAUAUCUAGCUGUGGAUAAUUUUUGUUAUACAAGAAAAACAAUUCUUGCCUUUCACGGGACUUUGGUAUUUUGGUUGGUUCAAUUGUCAACAUUCUUUAUUGAUUGAUUGCUAUAAAUUGGUGGGGUUGGUUUUGCUCUCUUAUUAUUCUACAUAAAGAUAUGUUUUUUCCUUCCUUCUAAUGUUCUUUGAAAAGUGCAAUUUUUAUUAUAUUUUGAGCUUAGAAUGAGUUUUUCUUGAGAGUUUUCUAUCAGUUUUAGUUCAUAGGGGUUCAUUAUUUUGAUCAAGAUGAAGUCUUUAGUGUUCUUGAAAAUGUUGGGGUUGGUGUUUUUUUCUAUGUUAUUUGGUGGUGUGAUGUGUAAGGAGUGUACUAAUAUUCCUACUCAAUUAUCAUCACAUACACUAAGAUAUGAGUUAUUAUCAUCAAAGAAUGAAUCUUGGAAAGAAGAGAUGUAUUCUCAUUACCAUUUGACUCCUACCGAUGAUUCGGCCUGGUCUAAUUUGCUUCCAAGGAAAAUGUUAAAGGAGGAGGAAGAAUUUGACUGGGUAAUGAUGUAUAGAAAGAUAAAGAAUUCUGGUGGUGUUAAAGGGAUUGAUGGUUUAUUGAAUGAGGUUUCACUUAAUGAUGUGAGAUUGGAACCAAAUUCAAUACAUGGAAUAGCUCAGCAGACUAAUUUGGAGUAUUUGUUGCUGUUGGAUGUUGAUAGUUUGGUAUGGAGUUUUAGGAAAACAGCUGGUUUGGAGACUCCUGGUCAACCAUAUGGAGGUUGGGAAGGUCCAAAUGUUGAGCUUCGCGGUCAUUUUGUUGGGCAUUACCUUAGCGCCUCGGCACAGAUGUGGGCUAGCACUCAUAAUGACAGCCUCAAACAGAAAAUGUCUGCUGUUGUUUCUGCACUUUCGGUUUGUCAAGAGAAAAUGGGAUCAGGUUAUCUAUCUGCUUUCCCUUCUGAACUUUUCGACCGUGUUGAAGCUAUAAAACCAGUAUGGGCGCCAUACUAUACAAUACACAAGAUAUUGGCAGGUCUCUUAGACCAGUAUAUGUUAGCUGGUAACGAUCAAGCUUUAAAAAUGACUACGUGGAUGGCCGAAUACUUCUACAACCGAGUGCAGAAUGUGAUAUCAAAGUAUACCAUUGAACGACACUGGCGAUCUUUAAAUGAAGAAACUGGUGGCAUGAAUGAUGUUCUUUAUAAGUUAUACAGUGUAACGGGCAAUUCAAAGCAUUUAGUGCUGGCUCACCUAUUUGACAAACCUUGCUUUCUAGGGCUAUUAGCUUUAAAGGCUGAUGAUAUAUCUGGUUUUCAUGCCAAUACACACAUCCCAGUUGUUAUUGGAUCUCAACUUCGUUAUGAAAUUACUGGAGAUCCCCUAUAUAAGGAAAUUGGAACGUAUUUUAUGGAUAUCGUUAAUACUUCCCACAGCUAUGCAACUGGUGGGACAUCAGUUGGUGAGUUUUGGUCAGAUCCAAAGCGGUUGGCAAGCACAUUACAAACUGAGAAUGAGGAAUCUUGUACAACCUACAACAUGCUGAAGGUGUCCCGACACCUGUUCAGAUGGACAAAAGAAAUGGCAUAUGCUGAUUAUUAUGAACGCGCAUUAACAAAUGGUGUACUCAGCAUACAAAGGGGAAGAGAUCCUGGUGUAAUGAUAUAUAUGCUUCCUCUUCUUCGUGGUGGUUCCAAGGCUCGGAGCUACCACGGAUGGGGAACACAGUUCGAUUCCUUUUGGUGUUGCUAUGGAACAGGAAUUGAAUCAUUCUCCAAGUUGGGAGAUUCUAUAUAUUUCGAAGAGAAAGGGAGUUCGCCGAGCCUCUACAUUAUCCAGUAUAUACCUAGCUCUCUUGAUUGGAAGUCUGGGCAGAUAUUGGUGAGUCAGAAAAUCGAGCCUGUUGUUUCGUGGGAUAAUCGCCUCCAAGUGACAAUUACCAUAUCUUCAAACGGGCAGGCAACUGGUGCAUCUUCAACACUGAACUUGAGAAUACCAAGCUGGACACAUUCAAGUGGCGCAAAGGCAACUUUAAAUGGAAAGGAUUUGUCUCUACCAACACCAGGUAACUUCCUAUCAAUCACCAAAAAGUGGGGCCAAGGCGAUAAAAUCACUCUCGAGCUACCCAUGAGUCUUAGAACCGAGGCCAUUAAAGAUGAUCGGCCUGAGUAUGCAUCCGUUCAGGCAAUUCUCUACGGUCCAUACCUUCUAGCUGGCCAUUCUAGUGGUGAUUGGGAUAUUGAAACAAAGUCAACCACUGUUCUUUCGGACGUGAUAACUCCCAUUCCAGCCGAUUAUAAUUCUCAGUUAAUAUCUCUUAUGCAAGAAUCUGGUAAUGCAACAUAUGUUCUUACAAACUCCAAUCAGUCAAUUCAAAUGGAAAAGUUCCCUGAAGCUGGAACAGAUGCUGCUGUUAGUGCUACAUUCAGACUCAUUUCACUUAACAUGUCAUCUGUUAAGCUUUCAGAACGAAAAGAUUUCAUCGGAAAUCAAGUCAUGUUAGAGCCCUUUGAUUUCCCUGGAAUGUUUAUAUCUCAUCAAGGGCAAGAACAAAGUCUUGGGAUCGCUGCCUCCUCGGAUGAGGGUGGUUCUUUGUUCCGUUUGACUGUUGGAUUGGACGGGAAAGACGAUACAGUUUCUCUUGAGUCUGAAUCACAGAAAGGCUGUUUCAUUUAUACUGGUGUGGGUUACAAAUCCAGUUCAACUGUCAAGCUUAGCUGCAAUUCAGAGUCCUCGGAUGCUGGUUUCAAACAGGCAGCAAGCUUUAAAUUGGGAAAUGGCAUUAGUGAAUAUCAUCCUAUUAGUUUUGUGGCAAAAGGGGCAAAGAGAAACUUUGUUUUGGCACCAUUACUUAGCUUGAGAGAUGAAUCUUAUACUGUGUAUUUUAACAUUCAAUCAUAGAGAGAGUGGUAGCCAGGGAAGUUACUGUUUGUUCCAGAUGACAAUAAAAUCAUAUAUGUUCAACUUCCAAUAUUAUGUUUAGAUAGGAGAAGCUGCUAUGUAUCUAGCCUAUAAUCAUUAAAAUUGCUUGUCUAGUAUUUAUUUUAGUCUUCA